AUGGCUGUCAAUACUGAAAAUCGAGUAAACUUUCGAGUUGUCAGAUUUAUGUAUGAAGCUGGUCUGAAGUUGAGGCUGGAGUCUGUACCACUGGCUACAGCAGCUGUCAUCUAUCACAAAUUUUUCCGAGAAAAUUCCUUACAUGAUUAUGACCCAUAUACAAUAGCCACAACUGCAAUAUAUCUGGCUGGGAAAGUUGAAGAACAGCCGCUGAAGUUAAGGGAUGUCGUCAAUGUCUGUUAUAGGACACUGCAUAAAAAUAAACCUCCAUUGGAGAUGGGCGACAAGUACUGGGCACUGCGAGACUCUGUGGCAAGCUGUGAACUGUUUGUUCUUAGGAUGCUCAACUUCAAAGUGGUGUUUGACCACCCCCACAGGUACCUUUUACAUUACCUGAAGUUUCUCAAAGACUGGUUCGAGCCGUAUCGAUGGGAGGAUUUACCAAUAGCUAGGACAGCCUGGGCACUUCUGCGAGACUGUUACCAUAGCAAUGUCACUUUGAAGUACAAACCAGAUCAUAUUGCUGUGGCCAUUUUAUAUCUGACUCUACAGUGUCACGGAGUUGAUGUUCCAUAUCUGUACCAUUCAGAUACUCCAUGGUGGAAGGUAUUUGCUGAAGAUGUUACAAUAGGAAACUUGAAGGAUAUAAUGAGUGAUAUUAUGGACAAUUACGAUCUGGAAACAUCCUUACAACCAUGAAGAUUGAUUGCUGGUGUGUUACGGCAAAAGAUGUUGGCCCGAGCUCUAUCUUGGCCAGACGUUAUGGCAAUUCUGAUAAAUGGAAUGACCCAUACACUUCAGGCCUUGUAUGGCUUGACCAGGGUAUUUGACCAUCAAGUUUCAACUGAUGAGAGACAUGUGUCCAUACUCUUCAGGCCUAGUAACUCUGGCUGACCAGUGUAACUGAUCAUCAAGUUACUUACAUAAUGUAACAGAGAUGAGUCAGCAUACCUUAUGCCUGGUUGCUAGUUAACUCCAACUGACCACACCUAAUGACCAGCAAGUCCUGAAUAUUCACCAGAAAUGUACUCCAGAAAUGACAAUAUCUGUGACUCAGACUGGGCAAACACAGCGAACCAUACUUGCCAAGCUGUCUAACUUCCUGCACUAUCUCUGUGUAAAUGUCUCUGCAUGCUUGCUAGACCAAAGGUAGAUUCAGUACAGUAUUACACUUAUUUUAACAAUUUGGUGAUGUGAAAAUUAAUACAGAUGAAAUGAUUAUUGCUGAGAAUGAUUGGAAGUACAUGUAUAACAAUAUAUUUAUAUUUGUUAUUUUAAAAUAAAACAUUUUAUACACUAA